AGUUGGCAAACAUGGGGGCGAAUCAAUCAAGGCCCGCGAACAAAAGUGAGGAGAGUACGAGUGACGAUGAAAAUGUCAACCCUUCGAAGAAGAAUUUUCCGGUGUGCAAAAAAGUAUCAGUUCGUCUUGGAAGGUGUGCUGCGGAUAGGAUCGAUAAAUCCGCGUCUGAAGCAGUGAUCGUUACUUUAUCUGACGAUGAUGAGCAGGAAAUUAAACUAGAAGAUGAAGUUAGACCUGAAGAUGAAUUUCAGCUGAAAGAACUGUGCAGGAAACGAAAGGCCUGUGUUCUUGUCGAGAGGCUGAACAAUCAUAAGGUGGAAUCUGAUGAUUUCAAGGAUGAAGACUUUUCCAAACCGAAGCAACGCAAAAAAGCGGAACGUUCUUCAGAACCUCAGCCAAGUCUUUCUCAUCUAGCAUCAUCCAGAAAAAAAAGUUAUCCCUCAACGUCGAAGGGCUCUCUGAGCAAAGACACGUGCAAGUUUUGUCGGCAGCCGAAGAGUAUGCUCGUCAGCUUCGAUCCUUCUAAACAAGACGGCUUCGAGUCCUUCUCCAAGCUAUUAGAAGAACAUCCGUACUUGCGAGAUGAAACCGGUGCGGUCGACGAUGGCUUGGUCUUCAUAAACAUCCUCCCGAAUCCUGUUUCAUCGCAGGAGAAAGACGAAGACGUGGAAGAAACCCACGAUCUCUCAUUGUGGUUAGAAGAUUAUGUUUUCUACGACGAGAAGAUGCACAUGGCUAGUUUCGACGAGAACAUAGAUAACGGAGUGACUCUGCGGUUUUCUGGAAAGAUUCGGCGCUACAAUGACCUCGGCACGGAUGAAAAGUUCAUUUACGACAUCGGACCUGUGUUAACCUGGUGGAUUGUUCGCGACCCAGGAAGUGAGACCGUGUCAAUCGGUGUUUCUACUGACAUUGGGCAUUAUUACCUCGGAACACCACACGAAGCUUAUGCUCAGUACAUGACCGAUGCUGAGGAAAAAAGCAUCUUGCUGUCAUACAUGAUCAACACGAUGCUCGAGAACCCGGAGAAAUCUUUGGACGAAGUUAUGGAUCUUCUCGAACAGGAACGUCCGGAUUUCGAAGAGAUUUACCUCAGAUUCAAGACUUUCUUGGUGAAUCAUUUGGUCGAAUACGAUGUGUUGGACGAACCGGAGCUUCAAGAGUCCAUAGCAUUGCGUGAUUUGUUAUCGGCGAUGAGAGAGAAACCAGGGAAAGUGAAGAAAGCCACGAAAGAACGAAUUCCUAAACGUGAAGCGAGUGACAAGGCUCAUCAGCCAUCUCAUUCAACAACAAACUCGAAAGCAACUACGACGCCACUUGUUCGCUCGGCGUUCGAACACCUGUUUUCCAACCAAAUGUCCGGCGCCACUUCGAACAAAUCCGCCAAAUCCGAAGAAGCUUUGGACCAUCUGAGCAUCUCAUGGCCGCCGAACGUUGUUCGUCUGAAACGUUCCACAUCAUGGAACUCGUCAGCGUUUAAAAUCAUUUCUGGCAGGAGUUAUCACGAUUCCUGCGUCUUGGAUGACACUGAGACAGUCGAGGUCGGGGACUUCGUGAGGAUCAAAAUUGAGGACAAUGGGGAGAUGAACGUGGCAUUUUUGCAAAUUCAUGCCAUGUACGAAGAAUUUAAACGCAUGCGGUUCCACGGAUCGCGGUUUUUGCAAGGCAUUGAAACGAUUCUCGGAGAAGCGCUGAAUCCGUGCGAAAUAUUCGCCUCUCGUGACUGCGCAGACUUGAAUUUGUCUGACAUCGAAUCCAUUGUGCCGGUUGAGAUGGACAAGGCGCCGGUCAAGUGGCGGCUCGAUGGCGGCAAAGAUGUGCCGGAAUACGACGGAGACAGUUUCGUGUACAAAUUCAUGGUUGACAAAGCUGAGUGUUCCUUUAAGGAAGUCGGAUUCAUCGACUACAAGGCGCUGCACGGGAAAGCUCUCGUGUGUCAAAACUGCGUGUGGACUGAGUCCAAGGGGAAACCGUACAUUUCCGAGGAAGCGGAUUCGGAAAUACUGGAAGUAAUCUACAAGGACGAGACUUACAAGGUUGGCGACACCGUGUUGAUCGAUCCCGGCAACAAGUUGGAUCCCGUCGUCGCUGAACGAGAACGAAUCCCGACGAAAGCCGAAAUAGAAGCCGGAAAGGACAAGGCGAUUUACACCGAGUUGUAUCGUAAAUUCGAGGACGGGAAAAUGCCCAAGGCCAAGGGUUUCCCCGAAGACGUGAUCCUGCCUUUGAACGUGGGUCGCAUCUCGCGGAUGUGGAAAGUGGGCAAGGAUGUUCAAGCUGAAGUUGAUUUGUUUGAACGCGUGGAUGAAGGCGAUUUCAAGACUGAGGACAAGUGCUUGAACAACGCCUUGACUUGGGCUGGGACAACUUCAAAGGUGGCAGUGACGAAGUUUGCCGGUCAUGCGAAAAUCACGAGGAAGGAGUUGUUGGGCGGCACUGCUGAUUCAGAGUGGAGAUCUCAGCACGGGUUUGUGCUUCUCGACGAUGCACCGGAAGAAAUCGACGAGCUGUGUGCGGAAUUUUGGAAGGAGCGAGUUCCGAAGCCAGCUGCGUUGAAAUGCAUGGAUUUGUUUUCUGGCGUCGGUGGAUUGUCCCUGGGAAUCCAUCAGUCUGAAGUUGCCGAGACGAAAUGGGCGGUCGAGUUUAAUCCUCAGGCCGCAAAGUCGUUCAAGUUGAACAACCCAGACGCUUUUGUCUACGAGGGAGACAUAAAUCUUAUCUUGGACGUGAUGAUGCGUUCUGAUGUGGAUCCGUCGGUUCCUCGAGUCUGGAAGGGUCAGCCUUUGCCGCAGAAAGGAGAAGUGGAUAUUAUUACUGGUGGGCCGCCUUGUCAGGGAUAUUCUGGAAUGAACAGGUUCAACUACCGAGAAAACGCGAAAUUCAGAAAUUCCCUGGUCGUCUCUUUUCUGAGUAUGGUGGAGUACCUGAGACCCCGGUUUGUUGUCAUGGAAAACGUGAAAACUUUCGUGACGCACAACAAGGGAGCUAUUUUAAAACUGCUGCUCAAGAGUUUGGUGGAAGCCGGCUACCAGUGCGAAGUUGCCGUUCUACAAGCGGGCCAGUUUGGAGUGCCACAAAGCCGAACGAGGGCCAUCGUAUUGGCUGCUGGCCCUGGGGAAGUAUUGCCCAAGUUUCCGAAGCCCCUGACGACUUUUUCGGCGAGACACAGUUACCCUGGCUUCAAGAUUGACGGGAUCAGCUAUGAGCCCACGAAUGCGUGGUGUGACACGAACACGGCUCCUUAUCGUUUCAUCUCCGUGCGAGAAGCCAUAUCGGAUUUGCCACCUGUGUCUGUAAGGGAUAAAAAAGACACCAUGGACUACUUGGGUCCGCCUCAAUCUGCUUUUCAAGCGGAGAUGCGAACGGGGUCGAGCAAGGUGCGGGACCACAUCAGCAAGCCUGUUUGCGAGCUGGUUGAAUACAGGAUCAAGCAUAUACCCCGUUAUCCGGGUGCGGAUUGGCGCGAUUUGCCCAACCGGGAAGUGGUUUUGAACGACGGGUUGCACAGGAAGCUCGAGUAUCGCUACAAAGACUUCAAAGGCCGGAUGCGCGGUGUGUGUAUUUGCAACGCCACUGGCAAAAAAUGUGGCAAAGAAAACAUGGUCAAGUAUCGCCAAAAUAAGACUGUAAUCCCGUGGUGUUUGCCUCACAAUGGCAAGUUCCACAACGACUGGGCUGGACUCUACGGAAGAAUCCUUGCCGGAGGCUUUUUCUCCACCACACUGACGUGUCCCGAGCCGAUGGGGAAGCAGGGUUGCGUUUUGCACUAUGACCAGGAUCGCGUGGUUACUGUUCGGGAAUGUGCUAGAAGCCAAGGGUUUCCCGACCACGUCACUUUUGCUGGGAAAUUGGAAGAUAGAUACAGGCAAAUUGGCAAUGCCGUUCCGCCGCCGUUGGCUCGAGCGAUCGGAUUCCAAAUCAGACUCGCUGUUGUGGAAAAGGAGAAGAAACGCGAUGAUCAUUAAAUGUUUUUUCUGUCUAUUUGCCGAGUAAUCUGAUACUGGAAAUUUCCUCGACUUUAAGUAAUGAUGGGAUUAUCGAAGUUACUGUAUAUAGAUUUUUUUUUCUUGUUGCAGUAUUCCAAGAACAGCGUGAAAUGAUCAUAAUUCAGUUUACCUGGAAAAAUGUCGAACAUCGUUCGCAGUAGAAGGUUUUAUCUGAUAUUGUUCUACCCUGACUUGAUGUGGGAAAGAGUUUCACCACGAUCCACAAUUAUCCAUGCGUUAAUUACUGAUUCAUUUAAUUGGUGAUGCCCCUGAAAAAAGAAGAUUGUAUUUUGAAGAGGUCUUCUUGAAUUUUGCACAUUUGAGCUUAAAGAAGAAAAUUUGUGUAUACAGUAUUUUUGAAAUUUUAUGUUUCUAUUCGUGUAGGUUUUGAUCACGUUAGUCCUCUCAGGAGUAAGAUUUUAUUCGUAAGAAGGAGAUAAUCGACGUUCAAUUUUUUUAGAAGCGUUUUUAUUGUGAAAUGUAUGAUUUUUUUUGGUUUUCGCGAAGAUUAUCCCACUUAUGAAGCGUCGUUGUAAUUCUUGCAACGUCGAAGACCCCUUAUAACAGAGCUAAGUCGAAAAAUGUUUGCGAACGAAAUGAUUUUUGUCAAUUUGAUGACUUCGUAUUAUUUGUACCAGAAUAUGAACUGAGUGACGUAUCCAGGGCGGAAACUAGAUAAGGAUGCCGAUGAUUUGACGCCAUCUUGGUUCAUCGAGAUGCGAUUGUCAAGAAGCUGAGCUUUUUAAAGCAGAUACUGUGUUUACUUGAGUGCGCACCUUAAUUUUUUAGCUCAAAUUCUGGGGAAAAGUCCAUCCCCAAAUUAGGCUCGCACCUUAGUUUUCAGUUACCGAAAUUCAUAUUUUAAAAAUUAAACUGGAUAAAAAUCUGUAUACCAGCCAACUGAAAAGUUAAAUUCAAUUUUUAACUUCUUGUUCCGUUCGAAUCAUAGAAUCAUUAAAAAGCGAACUUCCAAAAACAAUUUGAAGUGGGGAAAAAAGUUUCACAAUUUAAAGAAAAGUUCUCCCGUAAAUGCGUCCCCAGCUUCGAAUUGCGCCUAAUUUUUGCCGCAGUUUGUUGAUGAAAAAGGUGCGUGUGAAACUUUUGUAAAUACGGUAUGUGUUUUGAACUUCUGAUGACAUGUUGUGACAUAUAUUUCAGUCAUUUCCAUUUUUUUAUAUCGCCUGCCCUCGAAAAGAGCAUUGGCUCCUCUAUGUAUAUUUUUAUUCUGUUCAACUCGCAUUCGAAUUUGCCAAUUUUUGGGUACAAAUUUAAAAAUUUUCGAACGCGUAUGGGUAUUCUUGUGAGUUCAAUAUUGCCACGAAGAAAUUGCCGAUCGUUGAGAAUUUCUAUAAACUGCUAGAUUUUACGGAUUGAAGAGAAAGUGAGGAGCUUGAAGAGCUUUUGCCAUUUUUUCUAUGAUUCCGAAUCACUGGGUAUUUUCAGCGUUUUUUACGUUUCUCAAUCGGCCCGAUUCUGUAUUAUUCCGAACAUUGACUGUGACUUCGUUGAAAACCAAGGUACAUAUUCCGCCGAUCGGUUUUUUUAAAUUGUUUUUACAUUUUCCGAAGUUUCGGUAGAAGAUUUUUUUGACUUUUCUAGUGCGGGUCGAGGCACAGAAGACGAAUGUACAGAGAAUGAUAA